CAUAUGAAGCAACCCCAAGGCAACCACCUCUUUUUUAGUCUCCCACUUACUCAAGGAAGCUUCCUUCAGGUUCUCUCAGUGACGAUAAUGGCCACCAACGUAAGAGAAGCUCGGAGAAGGAAGAUCGUGGACCGGGGCUCCGACCGCCUUGCGCUCAUCACGGGUCGGUCACAAACCCUACCUCCUCAUGCUCCAUCACCGCCAUCAUCUUCAUCAAAUCCCCAACCCGGUAUCCAAGAUGCCCAGCCGUCGGAUUCCGUUCAUCAGGACCCCAAAACUCACGCCGCCGAGAAAACCACCGUUUCUCCUAAUGGUGAGGAUGAGGCAUCUGAUUUUGAGUUACCAAAACACUAUACUACCCCAGAUGCUGUCCAGACUGGUGAUGAUUUUGGUGGAAGCAGUUCAGCAUCUCAGUUGAGAAAAUUUGAGACCAAGGCUGAAGCGUCAAGAGCCCCUGCUUCAGAAAUCUGUGAGGUAAAACCAUCUUUGGCCUCAUCAACGGAUCAAAAUUCAUCUGUUUCUACUUUGGCUACUGAUAGACGCACAGAACCACUGAAACAGCAAUUCAGAGUUUUUACUCCGAAGCAAAUAAGUACUGCUGUUGUAGAAACGGCGCGUACCCGACUCUGUUGUUCUAUAGCAGUAGGGCUCUUGGUAGUUAUAUCAUUUCUAGGUUAUGAAAUACUAGGCAGCAACAUCGUAAAGAGCAUUUUAAGCUUUAGGCCAUUCUAUAUAGUUUUGCUGUCAAAUGUGACCUUUGUGCUUGCACAACUUCUUGGUAAGCAAAAAAGCUCUGGAAGAACUGACGGAGGAGAAAAUAAAACAACAUUGGCUGAUGGUUUGGAGUGGGCUGAACAAUUAGGAAAUGCUUUAGAGUUAGGUUUGUUGAUGCAGCAGGUGUUUAAUGCUGUUUUCAUGGAUUUUGCUGUAUAUGCGAUAAUUAUUGUGUGUGGCCUCUCUUUUGUGCAGCAAUUCCGUUAGGAAAAUUUUAGUUUUUCUUUUGUUUCAGCAAUGCCGGUUUAUGUAUUUAGAUCAAUGGAUCAUUGAGGAAGGUCCUUCUUUUGGCCUGAAAACUCCUCUGGUUGUGUUA